GAGGGAGAAGAUGGUGGCGCUGGGGGAACCUGUACGGCUGGAAAGGGAUAUCUGUAGAGCAAUUGAAUUGUUGGAAAAACUACAAAGGAGUGGGGAGGUACCACCACAGAAACUUCAGGCUUUACAAAGAGUCCUGCAAAGUGAAUUCUGCAAUGCUGUAAGAGAGGCUACUGUUGCUGCAUUUGCUGCCAGCGAAGGACAUUCUCAUCCUCGAAUUGUUGAGCUUCCAAAAACAGAAGAGGGCCUUGGGUUCAAUAUCAUGGGAUGCAAAGAACAAAACUCUCCAAUCUACAUAUCCCGAAUAAUUCCAGGAGGAAUUGCUGAUAGACAUGGAGGCCUCAAGCGAGGAGAUCAACUUCUCUCUGUUAAUGGAGUGAGUGUGAAAGGAGAACAUCACGAAAACGCUGUAGAACUGCUGAAAGCAGCUCAAGGAAAGGUUAAAUUAGUAGUGCGAUAUACAUCUAAGGUCUUAGAAGAAAUGGAGUCACGUUUUGAAAAAAUGAGAUCAGCCAAACGUAGGCAGCAGACAUAAUGCAGUUCAGAACUUUAUAUUUC